AUGGAAAAACUACGAGAUACCCAAGUUACACGAGCUGAUAUGAAUAAACUUAUUAUGAACUAUUUAGUCACAGAGGGAUUUAAAGAAGCAGCUGAAAAGUUUAAGAUAGAAUCUGGUGUACAACCAUCAAUAGAUUUAAAUGAGCUGGAUGACAGAAUAAAAAUUCGUCAAUCCAUCCAUAGUGGAAAUAUACAAGAAGCAAUAUGUCUGGUAAACCACCUCUAUCCUGAAUUAUUAGACAACGAUAGAUAUCUAUAUUUCAGAUUACAGCAACAGAAAUUAAUAGAACUAAUCAGACAGAAGGAAUUAGAGACAGCCUUAGAAUAUGCACAGGUACAUUUAGCAGAACGAGUGGAAGAAAACCCUGAAGUUUUAACAGAAUUAGAGAGAACAUUAGCAUUAUUAGCCUUUGAAGAUCCAGAAAGCUCACCAUUUAAUGAAUUGCUUCAUCCAUCUCACAGGCAAAAGGUUGCUAGUGAAUUGAAUGCAGCCAUAUUAGAGUCAGAUGCCACACCAAAACUUGCUAAUUUAUUAAAACUAUUGUUAUGGUCACAAGAUGAACUGGACAAAAAGAAGGAAAAAUACCCCAAAAUGACAGACAUUUCAAAGGGAAUUAUUGAAGAUCCAAAGUAA